UUCUCAGGUAUUGGAUGAGAGUUCCCAGAGUUGAAAGACAAUCUUCGUAGUAUUUGGAUUGUCCUCCCCCACCGCUCUCCCCGCAUUCUUAGCCGAUUUCCUUAUGUCACCAUGAGGGGAAACGAUCUGAUCAACACGAAACUGCCGACAGAUAUCGUCACCUCUAUCUUCCUCCGCAUCGCCGGUUCCAAAUCCGACUGCGAUGCAUUUUCCCUCGUGUGUCGACGGUGGCUCGCCAUCGAUCGUAGCUUCCGCCCCACAAUCCGGAUUGGCGCCUCUGGUCCCGCCGACGAGCUCGUUUCCCUCCUCGUCCGUCUCUUCUCCGGGCUCCGCAAUGUCUACAUCGAUGAGCGCCUUCCCGUGUCUUCCGUACCCCAAAUUCUUCCUCAUCCCUCCCGUCCUCGUUCGAAAAGGAGACGUGCCAGUUUAACUUCAGGUGACCAUCAUCUCAUAAAUGAUAGUGAGGCUGAGGAAAGUGAGUUUGAGCAGCUGUGUCUUACUGAUGUCGGUUUAUCUUCUCUUGCCAAUGGCUGUAAGGCACUUCAAAAGCUAUGUCUGAUAUGGUGUUCAAAUCUCACAUCACUGGGAUUGAGUAGUAUAGCCGAGAAUUGCAAGUUUCUAAAAUCCCUUGAUCUACAGGGUUGCUACAUUGGAGAUCAAGGUCUUAUUUCAAUUGGGCAAUAUUGUAAACUUCAGGAUUUGAAUUUGCGAUUUUGUGAAGGUUUAACUGACACAGGCUUGGUUGGUUUGGCCAAAUAUUGUGGGAGAUCAUUGAAGUCUCUGGGUAUCGCAGCUUGUGCUUGGAUUACUGAUGUCACCUUGGAAGCUAUAUCAAUCUACUGCUCCAGCCUUGAAACUUUGUCUCUGGACUCAGAAUUAGUAAUGAAUAAGGGGUUAAUAUCAGUUGCCCAGGGUUGCAGGGCUUUGAAGGGUUUAAAGUUGCAGUGUAUUAACAUUACUGACGAAGCUUUGGAAGCUUUUGGUUCUUUUUGUUCAUCAUUAGAAUUGCUGGCUUUGUAUAGUUUCCAAAGAUUUACAGACAGAGGCCUUUCUGCAGUUGGCAAUGGCUGCAAGAACUUGAGAGAUCUUACUCUUAGCGACUGCUAUUACAUCAGUGAUAAAAGUCUUGAAUCUGUUGCCCGUGGCUGUCCCAAGUUAAAACGCUUGGAAAUCAAUGGCUGCCACCAUAUUGAAACAUUUGGUGUGGAGAACAUUGGAAAAUCUUGCCCGGAACUUAUGGACUUGGCGUUGCUGUACUGUCCAAGGAUCAGGAAUAGUGCUCUUCACGAGAUUAGCAAAGGCUGCUUACAUUUGCAGGCCCUUGACUUGGUGGAUUGUUCAAAUAUAGAUGAUGACGCUCUUUGUAGCAUAGCUAAAGGCUGCAGAAAUUUAAAGAAACUUCAUAUUCGCCGUUGCUAUCAGGUUGGAGAUCAGGGUGUUAUCUCUGUUGGUGAAAAUUGCAUAUCUUUGACGGACUUAAGCCUUCGUUUUUGUGAUAGGGUUGGUGACAAGGCUCUUAUUGCCAUUAGCCAGGGUUGCCCCCUCCAAAAUUUAAACGUAAGCGGAUGCCAUCAAAUUACAAAUGCUGGGAUUACAGCUGUUGCUAGGGGUUGCCCGGGGCUCAUAUUUCUCGAUAUAAGUGUUCUCCAGAACUUGAAGGACAUCGCACUGGCUGAGCUCGGUGAAGGAUGCCCAUUUCUGAAAGAGAUUGUGUUAUCUCACUGUCGGCAGAUAACUGACGUGGGCUUAGCGCACUUGGUGAAAGGAUGCACUAAACUUGAGGCCUGCCACAUGGUUUAUUGCCCAUCUGUAACAUCUUCGGGCAUCGCAACAAUCAUUUCCGGCUGCCCUGGCUUAAAGAAGCUUCUUGUAGAGAAGGGGAAGGUAAGUGAGAGAACCAAAAGAAGAGCUUCUAGUAUCCUUUCCUAUCUUUGUGUUGACCUCUAAUUCGCAGUAAUGCAAGAUGACCUAGGGAUGAGUGGAAUGCUUUAUAUCGUAAUUAGCAGAUUGCUAGGUCUUUUAGCGUAAAGAUCAAAGUAGCCAUGGUUGAAUUUGGAAUGCUGGUGAGGGAAAUAGGAAUCCUUGUUCUCUGUAGCUUUCAUUGGUAAUUCACAUUUACCUCCCUUCAAAAUAGCUAUAUAACAUAUAGGUCCCCAAGUUUUGGCAAAAUAUCAAAUGAUCAUCUUGUGGCACCUUUUCCAUUCAACUUCCAUUGGUUGAUUAUAUAAUGACUCAUUUGCGCUUUC